UAAAUCAUAGAAAAUAGUUCUCCUUCUUCUUACUCUUACUACAGAGAAGCAACAUCUCCGGUGGAGCAGACAUAAAAUUUUAAAAUAUCAAUUUCAUUUCCUCUUCUGCAAAUCAAGAACACUAAGUUUGAUCUCCUCGAAGAAUUUAUUGUUUUAAUUGUCUUCUUUCAAUCUGCUUGAGUGAGAUGCCAGGUGGAAGAGACGAAACUUCUCCUCGCACUCCACUACUUCAAAAGCUCCAAGUUGAUGUUUCAAUUUCAACAGACUCGUCAAGCUGUAGCAUUUUCGAAGUGCCUAAUCCUUUGCGCCAGAUAAGUAAAGAAGCGUAUGAACCUCAAGUGAUCUCCAUUGGCCCUUACCAUCAUGGUAAAGGUCAGUUGAAGGCAAUGGAAGUGCACAAAAUGUCUUAUCUAAAAAUGCUACUUAAGCAAACAGAAAUUAGUCUGGAGAGAUAUGUGAAGGCCUUGGAAAACAUGGAAGAAGAAGCUCGCCAAUUUUAUUCAGAACCUUUGGAUCGUAUUGGUGGAGAAGAAAUUGUAGAAAUGAUGCUCCUUGAUGGAUGCUUUAUCAUUGAGCUUAUUCGAAAGAGUGCCAUGGAGGAACUGAAAGAUGAAAACGACCAUUUUCUUACAGAUUUUAUUUUAAGAAGAUUAAUGCGUGAACUGUUAAUUGAAAAUCAACUUCCUUUCAUUAUACUUUCAGAGUUGUUUGAAAUGACUCUGAUGCCAAACGAUGAAGCAAAGGACUUCAUGGGUAUAGCUAUUAAAUUCUUCUCUAGAGUGAUGCCAGGAUCUCUUAGAAGACCCGAGCAUAAAGAUAUGAAGCAUCUACUGGGCUUACUUCAUGAUAGCUGCUGCCAGGCUCCUUCGUCUGAUCGCCAGGAAGUCCGUAUUUCUUGCUCACCAGAGAAAGUUAUAAGGUCACUAUGCUCUAAGGCAAAACUUAAGGCAAUGGCUAUCCUCUGUUUAUCAUCACCAUCCAAGUCAGCAGAGGAAGAUAACGAUCCAAGCCAGCAGUGGAUGAUCAGGAAACAGAAAUAGUGUCAAGUGAACCAAUGUCACGGUGGAAAUUUGAUAUAAGGUCACAAUGCCCUAAGGCAAAGCUUAAUUUCUGUUCAUCAUCGAUAAGUAUAGAAGAACCUGAUAGCAAGGAAUGGCGAUUCAUACGUUCAGCAACAGAGCUCAGCGAGGCAGGAAUAAAUUUUAAAAAAAUUG